AUGCAUGCCGACGAGCGAACAACCGGGCCUUCGGGCACGGCAACUGAACAGGCCUUGAAGUCAACACACACGGGCGGAAUGUCGAGCCAUGUUGAGAAUACCAAGAACCGUUCGCUUGACGUCGAAGUCGAAGCUCAAUCUGAUGGCUUGGGCAAGAACAUCAGCAUUGAACAGCACGGCACCCUCGUGCAUAACAAUGACAUCAGACAGACGAUUGGCCCGCUGACGAUGCUGGCGCUAUGCUUCAACAUCUGCAGCAGCUGGGCUGGUCUAUCGACCAGUGUCCAAAUCGCCCUGCUUGCGGGCGGGCCCAUGACACUGAUCUACGGUGUCAUUGUCACCACCGUCAUCUACCUCUGCAUAAGCUUGAGUCUCGCAGAGCUGGCAAGCGUGUAUCCGACCGCUGGAGGCCAAUACCAUUUCAGUUCGAUUUUGGCUCCUCAACGACUCAGUCGUCCGAUUUCCUACGUCUGCGGCUUCAUCACUUGCUUCUACUGGAUUGCUACCGGUGCGGCGGUGGCGAUCAUCGUCGGCACUCAGAUCGCUACCGUUGCUGCUUGGUAUGACCCCCCCGGUCCUCAGCAUCCGUGGCAAUUGUUCUUGAUAUUCCAAGGACUUGGACUUCUAGCAUUGCUGUACAAUAUUUUCUUUAUCAAGAAGCUGGACGUCACACAUACCAUCGGCUUUGCCCUAUCAAUCGCCAUUUUCGUGUCCGACUUUAUCGGACUUCUGGUGCGAUCGUCUCCCAAAGCCACCAACGAAUUCGUCUGGACAACCUUCAUCAAUGAGACAGGCUGGCCCGAUGGGGUCUGCUUCAUGAUUGGACUUUUGCCUCCUUUUUUCAUGUUCGGCGGUCUCGAUGGCGCGCUGCACGUGGCUGAAGAAGCAAACAACGCUCACAGGGUGGUGCCGAGGGUCACCGUUGGGGUUGUGGUUGUCGGCUUCUGCACCGCGUUUCCAUUCGCCAUCGCCAUCAUGUACAGUAUCUCAGAUUUCACAGCUAUUGUUGGUAGUAGUGGGUACAUCCCAUUUGAGAUCAAUCGGCAGGGCCUUCGCUCCGACGAAGGAGCACUGGCAGUACUCAUCGCAGGCAUAGUCCUUGGCUUCUUCAUUCUGAAUGCCGUGUUCCAAGCCUCGUCACGCACCGUCUGGGCUUUCGCCAGGGACAACGGAUUCGUGUUCUCAUCCACCAUCGGCCGUGUUCAUCAGAGAUUCGAAGUUCCCGUGUGGGCCCUCCUGCUGAACUGGCUAGUCUUCGGAAUUCUGGGAGUACUGAUCCUCGCAUCAUCAAUCGCCUUCAACGCAAUUCUGAGCUCGACCGUCGUGCACCAGCUGUUGUCCUACCUCAUUCCGAUUUCGCUGCUCAUCUUUCAACGCCGAUCCGACAAGUAUCUUCCCUCCGGCAGAAGUCUCGCACUGCCAAACUGGCUUGGUUGGACUGUCAACUGCGUGGUAGUGCUGUGCAUUCCAGUCCUCGUGACGUUCUUUGCUUUUCCACCGUUUCGGCCGGUCACUGGCACAAAUAUGAACUACACUGUCGCCGUUCUGGGUAGUGUUACGCUGCUGUGCGGCCUAAAUUGGGUUUUCUAUGCUCGUCGACACUUCCAAGGUCCGCGAAUCGACUUACAUCAGUAA